ACCGAAGUGCGGCCAUGCUUGAGUAGUAUCUCAGAGAUAACCUCCACGGCUGACUGACAGAGAUAUAGCGUUGAUAAUAUAUGCGCGCGCGCCUGCGCCACGGCAUGCCACUGGCGAGCCGCCGCGCAAGCACACCGACCGAGCAGCAAGUAUGUCGGGGAUUUGGAGUUUGUCGAGCAUGUCGGAGGUGGCGCGCCACCACGCGCCGGACGCGGACGAUCCGUGCGCCACGCACGACCACGCCAUGGUGUUCCACUCGUGCGUGUGUGCGGAGAUCCUGUUCAAGGGCUGGAACACGAGCAACGAGCUGCAGCUGUUCGGGUCGGCGCUGGUGAUCUUCCUGGCCGGCGUGCUGUACGAGGCCUUCAAGUGGUGGCGCGAGUCGCUGCCGCGGGCGCCGGAGAAGGGGCCCGCCAGCAUGUGGUCGCGCGCACACUCGGUGCAGGCGGCGCUGCACGCGGUGCAGGCCACGCUCAGCUACCUGCUGAUGCUGGUGUUCAUGACGUACAACGUGUGGCUGUGCCUGGCCGUGGUGCUGGGCCUCACGCUGGGCUACUACCUGUUCGGCUGGCGGCGGGCCGCGCUCGACGACCUCACCGAGCACUGCCAUUGAGCCACCACCUUACUUUGGACGAAGCAGUCACGUAGCUUCGCUGAAAUGACGCGCUCCACUGUCGUACUUACAUAACUUAAGCGUCGUUCCGUUACGUACAGCUACGUCCGAGUCAAACAAAGACUCACGAAAAACUCACGUGUUAAAUCAACAACUGAAUUGCGUUAAAUAUUGUUUUGCUUUGUGCGAUAGUGGAGCCCUUAUUUCUGCUUAGAAGAGUUAUAUUGGCUUCCAAUCAUAAUAGUUUUUGUAAAAUUUAUAACUCUACCUGACUAUGCCUUGAAGAACGUAUUUUUCUAUCGGACGUAAAAUGUUAUACCUAGUACCUACUCAAGACGGUACCUAAACGUUUAUAUACGCUCGGUACACAUGCCAGCGCGUAGAUGCUCCCACUGGAGCUCCGCAUCGCUGUCCAUGCGGCAAAUAUGUGGACUGCCUCGGGCGCCGUGGUGUUUCCUGCAGAAAAUAUCCGUCGUGCUCUUACCACCGCCGGGGUGCCAGCCGUUUUUGAACCCAGACGCUUGACGAUGAUGGCAAGAGACCAGACGGAAUCUCUGUAAUGCCUUGAAAUAUGACAAUGGGACUCAACAUAAGUCGAUACCUUUGUACCUUCCCAGUACGACGAGGUGUUGUGUUGGUGCAGCUGCUUCACCCUCAGAAAACUUAAAAACAGCGCAAAUAUGUAAACCCCACCGGCAUUUACAUGUUUGAGUCGUUUGGUGUUGAAACCUUAGGACCAUAGGGCCAGCAAUGCAGCCAGCCUUUCGGGCACAGCACAAUCCCUGCUGACAGCGAUGCGGAUGAAUUUUUUGAUACUUACUUUAUAUUUAUAUAUAUAUUUUUUCCCUUUUUUAUUUGGAAUAAUUGUAGACUGCUUAAAUAUGUAAUGUAAAUAUGUAAAUAUAAUAAUAAAAAUUAAGUAGUCUUUA